AUGAGCAACUCAAACUUACCGAACUCGACUGGUGGAAUCAAAAGAGUCGCUUCACCACUUGAAAAACCAUCAAAGCGUGAAUUACAUCUGCUGGCACCUGUUCGCGAUGCCAAUGGUUUUAAAUUACGACAACAAGAUAUUGACAAAUCAAAGCUUACCGCUUAUGAUCAAAUGGGGGGCUCAUUGUCUAAUGAUUCAACUUUAGUAGAGGGUAAAACAAUUGAAGAAGAAGAGGCCGAAGGUGCCAAGUAUAUAAUCGAUGGGAGACUUCGAAAAGUGCUGCCAUACUACUUCACCUACUUGACAUACUGCAAACUUCGAUGGAGAGAUCGGAAUUUAUUGGAUGUGUUUUUGAGCGAGUUUAGAGAUAGAACACCCGAGGCAUACAAGAAAGCGAUAGAGUCUGGAAUGGUGUGUAUCAACUCCAAACCUGCGGACUUGAGCACAAUUGUUCGCAACGGCGACUUGAUUAGUCACCGAGGUUUUCGUCGCGAAGGGCAUGUAAGCUCAAAAGAGAUCAAAAUUGUUUACCAGGACGAUGAUUUGUUGGUUAUAGAUAAACCUUCUGGAAUUCCUGCACACCCUUCAGGAAGAUACCGGUAUAAUUCAGUAACAAAGAUUUUGCAGCACGAAAUGGGCAUUGUGCUGCAUCCGUGCAACAGACUCGAUAGGUUAACCUCGGGACUUAUGUUUUUAGGAAAAACUGCAAAAGGGUCUACCAAGCUAAUGACGCAAAUCAAAGACCGAAACGUAUCAAAGGAAUAUAUAGCACGGGUUAAAGGCAAGUUCCCCAAGGAGAGUAUUACAGUGGACCAGCCCUUGCUCACAUUAAACCCUAGGCUUACUUUAAAUGUUGUUGAUUCCGUAAGGGGAAAGGAAGCUUCAACAGAGUUUAAACGAAUCUCAUAUGACCCAAAAACAAAUACCAGUGUUAUCAAAUGUCAUCCAUUAACAGGUAGAACACACCAAAUUAGAGUUCAUUUACAAUACAUUGGCUAUCCAAUAGCAAACGAUCCUAUUUACUCGAAUGGUUAUGUGUGGGGUGACAAUUUGGGCAAAAAUGGCGAAGCAGAUUUAGAACAAGUGCAAAAAAGACUAGACGAAAUGGGUAAAACUCGUGCAGCAUCGAGUUGGAUUCAUCCUCAAGAGGAUGGUGAGAAGCUUUUGGACGAGAUAUGUCCUCAUACAGGAUUGCAAAUGUACACUGAACCUGGUAUCAACGAUUUAGAACUUUGGUUACAUGCCUACCUUUACGAGGCCAAAGAUGGAAGCUGGUCUUACAAAACAAGUUACCCUGAGUGGGCAAUUGACUAUAAUCGAAAAUAUAUGGAGAUGGCGUUAGAUGAGGCUCGCAAAUGUGGCGAAACACAAACACAGUUCAAUGUUGGAUGCGUUUUGGUUCUUGAUGGUGAAGUAAUUUCCACCGGCCACUCAAGAGAACUUGAAGGAAACACUCACGCCGAGCAGUGUGCAUUGGAGAAGUAUUUUGCAAAGAAUGGUGGAAUCCGUGAUGUCCCAUUGGGUACAGAAUUAUACACUACAAUGGAGCCGUGCUCUUUACGGUUGAGUGGUAACUUACCUUGCGUGGACAGGAUCUUGGCACUUCCAAACAUUACUGCCUGUUUUGUUGGUGUUAUGGAACCUGAUGUGUUUGUAAAGAAUAAUCUGUCGUAUAAGAAGUUAAAGGAUGCAGGGAUUGAAUAUAUACAUAUUCCAGGGUAUGAAGAACAAGCCUUGGAGAUUGCAAAGAAAGGACACGAAAAGAAGGUAGAAGAUGGAAAAACAAAUGAAAAAGAAAACUUAGAUGAAACAGACCAAUAG